CGAUUCUUCACGAAUCAGACAGCAUUAUCACUCAAGACUGCACUGGGUUACAUCUCUCUCUCUUAAGCUAGUACACCGGUAGUGUUAUUUUCAUACAAUGCCUUUCUCUGAAUUAUAUUUUAAUGUGGAUAAUGGUUAUCUGGAGGGGCUGGUGAGAGGUUUUAAGGCUGGUAUUUUAUCUCAGGCAGAUUAUUUGAAUCUCGUUCAGUGUGAAACUCUGGAAGACCUGAAGCUUCACUUGCAGAGCACUGACUAUGGAAGCUUCCUGGCCAAUGAAGCCUCUCCCCUCACUGUCUCCGUCAUUGAUGACAAGCUGAAAGAGAAGAUGGUGGUUGAGUUCCGCCAUAUGAGGAAUCAGUCUUAUGAGCCUCUGGCCAGCUUCAUGGAUUUCAUCACAUACAGCUAUAUGAUUGACAAUGUCAUCCUGUUGAUCACUGGAACUCUCCAUCAGCGGGCCAUUUCAGAGCUGGUGCCCAAGUGCCAUCCGCUCGGCAGCUUUGAACAGAUGGAGGCCGUUAACAUCGCCCAAACUCCAGCAGAGCUCUACAAUGCCAUCCUGGUGGAUACACCACUUGCUGCUUUCUUUCAGGACUGCAUCUCUGAGCAGGGGGUAAUUCGCAACACUCUUUACAAGGCUUAUCUAGAAGCUUUCUACAAGUUCUGCUCUUCACUGGGUGGCACAACUGCAGAUACCAUGUGCCCUAUUCUGGAGUUUGAGGCAGACAGAAGAGCUUUCAUCAUUACCAUUAACUCCUUUGGUACGGAGCUCUCCAAAGAAGACCGAGCUAAACUCUUCCCUCACUGUGGCAAGCUCUACCCAGAGGGUCUUGCACAGCUAGCCCGUGCAGAUGAUUACGAGCAAGUCAAAGCUGUGGCUGAAUACUACCCUGAAUACAAGCUUCUCUUUGAGGGUGCUGGCAGCAACCCAGGAGACAAAACCCUCGAGGAUCGCUUUUUUGAACAUGAGGUGAAACUCAAUAAGCUGGCCUUCCUGAAUCAGUUUCAUUUCAGUGUGUUCUAUGCCUACGUCAAGUUGAAGGAACAAGAGUGCCGGAACAUUGUGUGGAUUGCUGAGUGUAUUGCCCAAAGGCAUCGGGCUAAGAUUGACAACUACAUCCCCAUAUUCUAAUGGUACAUCAUAUUAGUCUUGAAUAAUGAUCCACAUGGCAUGUAUUAACUGUGCUCUGUUAUGUUAAGGUUUGAAAGUUAUGAUUCUGUCUCCUCUGUUUCUUGCACUACGCCACUCUUACCUUUCAUUGUGAUUGUCUUUAUUAGAGUAAAAGUAUCAUUCGUUUUUGUUUGACAGACAAAACAAUGCCAUUGCAUUCCCCUCCCCUCCACCCUUGGGAUUUUUUUAAAGGAAAGUUUUAGAAAAGUAAUAAAUGUUUUUUUUCUUCAUGAUGUCAUGACUGUGAAACCAUGUCACCUGGCAGCCAGUCACAGCCCACUGCAAAUGAAGGAUGCAGGGAAUUGCAGGAAAACAGGAGAGUUGACUUGAGAUGCAAAACCCAAGACAUCUAAUUGUCAUACUCUUCCUGUGGUAGGCUAAGAAAACAUACAUUCCAUUAUUAUUAUUAUUAAUGCAUUGCAUACUUUUUCAAUUAAUGUACAUUUUCAGAUUUAAAAACUCCCUGAACUCCUGAUCUCCCAGUAUCCGCAUCUGAUGAGUGUUAGAGAAUCACUGGUAAUUUAGAGUGUGAGCCUUAUUUUGAAACGCAAGCAGAAUGAAUUUCUGUGUAAAUCAUAUUGUGUAAAUUGUUGUAUUCAAUUGAACUGCGCAGUUACAUAAGAAUGGAUUUAUGAUUGAUUUACAGAGUAAUUGUUUUGCUUGUGUUUCUCAAAUAAGGAACAAUGGGAUUAUCCUUAA